AGCAAGUUGCCCUCAGGCCCCGCCCCUGGCCUCGCAAUCUCGGACGCCGUUCUCGCGCUGGAGUCGCCAUUUUGCUGUAAAACGCCGUGCGGAGGGCUGUGCUUUCUUCCUUCGGCAGCCGAGGCUGCGGCGGGCCGGGCUGGGGUCGGGACCAGGAGGAAUUUUGUUGUCAGAGAAUAACAGGAGGUUGUCCAUAAUUGACUUUAAGCAGCAAACAGUAAAACACUUGAGCUCUUCAGCUCCGCCUUUCUUGCUCUGAGAAGUGGAAAACCAAGAAGGUUUGAUGUUUUGUGUGGCGCCUCCUGAAUUAGAAACCAAGAUGAACAUAACCAAAGGAGGUCUGGUGUUGUUUUCAGCAAAUUCCAAUUCGUCAUGUAUGGAGCUUUCAAAGAAAAUUGCUGAGCGGCUGGGGGUGGAGAUGGGCAAAGUGCAGGUUUACCAGGAACCUAACAGAGAAACAAGAGUCCAGAUUCAAGAGUCUGUGAGAGGAAAAGAUGUAUUUAUCAUCCAGACCAUCUCAAAGGACGUGAACACCACCAUCAUGGAGCUCCUGAUCAUGGUGUAUGCAUGUAAGACCUCAUGUGCCAAGAGCAUCAUCGGAGUGAUCCCCUACUUUCCUUACAGCAAGCAGUGCAAAAUGAGAAAAAGGGGCUCUAUUGUCUCAAAAUUGCUGGCUUCCAUGAUGUGCAAAGCUGGUCUAACUCAUCUCAUCACUAUGGAUUUACACCAAAAGGAAAUCCAGGGCUUCUUUAAUAUUCCAGUGGAUAAUUUAAGAGCUUCCCCCUUCCUGUUACAGUAUAUUCAAGAAGAGAUCCCAGAUUAUAGGAAUGCAGUCAUCGUAGCCAAAUCUCCAGCCUCAGCCAAGAGGGCACAGUCUUUCGCAGAGCGUCUGCGACUAGGAAUUGCAGUGAUUCAUGGAGAAGCACAGGAUGCUGAGUCUGACUUGGUGGAUGGCCGGCACUCCCCACCCAUGGUCAGAAGUGUAGCUGCCAUCCACCCUAGCCUGGAGAUCCCAAUGCUGAUUCCUAAAGAAAAGCCCCCAAUCACGGUUGUUGGUGAUGUUGGAGGAAGGAUCGCUAUCAUUGUGGAUGACAUCAUUGAUGAUGUGGACAGCUUUCUUGCUGCAGCAGAGACCCUGAAGGAAAGAGGCGCAUAUAAGAUUUUUGUGAUGGCCACUCACGGCUUGUUAUCCUCUGAUGCUCCCCGGCUGAUUGAAGAGUCUGCUAUUGAUGAGGUGGUGGUCACUAACACCAUCCCACAUGAAAUCCAGAAGCUCCAGUGCCCCAAGAUCAAAACUGUGGACAUCAGCAUGAUUCUCUCAGAAGCCAUCCGCCGCAUUCACAAUGGAGAGUCCAUGUCCUACCUUUUCAGAAACAUAGGCUUAGAUGACUAAACCGUUCUCCUGUGGCACAACUCCCACAGGUGUAGUAGGAAGCCCGGCAUGCAUGCUGGGGGCGGCCCAUGCCUGGCAGGUACUCCUUCCCUCUCCCUGAAUCCUCCUGAGUGAUUCCUGUGAAGGUACAAGGACCAACUUUUUCAUGUCUGUUUAGGUUUUUGUGAGUUUGGGGGGUAAUUUUUAUAACAGGAAGAACUCCUCUUAAAUAAAGUAAAUUAAAACCUGA